UUAAUCAGAAAAAAAAAAAAAAAAAGCAUCCAAAAAAAAAGGAAUGCUAGGAUUAAUGGUACUCUAAAUAACUGUUUUUUGAGUUUUUUUGUGGAGCUUACACUAAGCACUUGCAUCAAUCACCUGCAUUGAGGUUGCUCUGAACAGCAUCAGCAAGUCAUACUAACAUAUUAAUGUGUGUGAUUUACUAACAAAAUUGUUUUUUCUCCAAGAUUAGAAAUUUACACAAUUUAAUGUACAAACAUUAAUAAUAAAAAACGAAGGUGCCACGUGACAGUUAAAUAUGGAUCUAAAUCUAACAGCUCAUGCAAACUCCACAACACUUUUGUCCAAAAUGCUGAGUCAUUCUUAUCCCUGCUGCCAAACAGCAUCCGUAUCACGACCGCCGAGACUAGCCUUCAAGAUCACCACGGCGAUGUCGUCCGAAACCAAACAGAGGAACCCAAGAAUCCUCUGCCUCCACGGGUUCAGAACAAGCGGUCUCAUUCUCCGUUCGCUUAUUACAUCUAAAUGGCCCGACACGGUCCUCCGAAACCUCGACCUCGAUUUCCUCGACGGUCCGUUUCCCGCCACCGGAAAAUCGGACAUCGAGCGGUUCUAUGACCCGCCGUACUACGAGUGGUACCAAGCUAGCAAGGGUUUUAGAGAAUACAGGAACUUUGAAGAGUGUUUGGAUUAUGUUGAGGAUUACAUGAUAAAGCAUGGACCUUUUGAUGGUCUUCUUGGUUUCUCUCAGGGGGCUUUUCUAUCUGCUGCUCUUCCUGGAAUGCAAGAACAGGGAAAGGCUCUAACUAAAGUGCCAAAGGUCAAGUUCUUGGUGUUAAUAUCCGGAGGAAAGAUUCCUGGGUUGAGGUUUGGGCAGCCUGAAGCUGCGGUUGGUGCAUUCUCAUCUCCUGUUCGUUGCCCCUCACUCCACUUCAUAGGGGAGAGGGAUUUUCUGAAAACAGAAGGUGAAGUUCUUGUGGAAUCAUUUGUAGAGCCGGUGGUGAUCCGUCAUACAAGUGGACACACUAUACCUAAACUUGAAGCUGAAGCUGAGGAGACAGUGUUGAGCUUCUUCCAAAGGAUUAGGAAGAUGCUUUCUGAUGAACCGUCUUCUGUAAGAAGCUUGAUGUGAUUGAGAGCUCUAAAAAGGUUUCAGUUGGAUUAGAUGAUCUUAUAACUAUAUCUUUUUGAGGUGUUUCUCUUAGCUUUUGUGUGCAUGUAGAUAUAGAUUAAAAGAAUAAGACAGUUGUAAUAUUGUACAACAAUUUCAGCUAUUAAAAUUAAUAAAAGUAGCCUGAUCAAUUUUAUGAUCAA